AUGUCCGCCGAUGGACAGUUCGCAAACGGAGCGAUACUCGACUCUAGAUGUUAUUUAGAGGGCGGUGGUUCGGCGGAGAGCUUUCUGGCUACUGAAGAUCUUGCAGUCGGCUCCAUCAUUGGCAAAUUGCGUAUUAAUGGCGACCCCAAUGCGGACACAGGUGACAUUAAUCUGUCGCUAAGAGAGAAGAACGCGCCCGUGCAGAUUGUGGCAGGGACCAAGGACCUUGUUUUGUCGGUCGAGCUUGAUAAAGAAGGUCUUCGAGGACCAUCGUCGAUCUAUGUGAAUGUCAUUUGCAUACGAAGACGCUCCACGGAUCCGAGCUUCGUCAUUCCCGUCAAUGUUCGCGUCACGGACGUCAACGAUAAUGCACCACAAUGGAUUGGCACGCCCUAUACGCUGACCCUCUCGGAGGUGACGGUGCCCGGUACACGCAUACUUCAAGGCGCGCGUGCUGAGGAUGCCGAUCAGCCGGGACCCUUCUCCACGGUUGAGUAUCAGGUACUGCCCGGUCCCUAUGCGGAGCUGGUGCAAUUCCUCAAUCCGCUCGAGGGUACAUUGGUGCUAAAGAAGGCGCUCGACUACGAGCAACUCCAGAACUUCACAGUCAAACUACGAGCUCAAGACCAGGGCACACCGCCGCGACAUUCCGAUACGCUCCUACGCGUGGUCAUAACCGAUGCGGAUGAUCAGAAUCCGAAGUUUCUACGUGAAUCCUACAGCGCUGAGCUACCCUCAGAUGGCCGGGCUGGCGAGCUGCGUAUGCGACCCGAACCCUUGAAGGCCAUUGACCAAGAUGAAGGCAUCUGUGCGCCCAUUCAAUACACCAUUGUACAAUCGCAGGAUGCAAAGUACUUUCGCGUGCAUCCACAUAAUGGAAUCAUUACACAACUCGCGCCCAUUGGGUACUCAGAUCUUACGCAUGGGGCCACUCUGGUGGUGAAGGCGACUCAAAUAGAUAAUCCGGAUCGUUACGCUCUGACCACAGUGCAGCUAACACGGCCGGGCACCCACAGCGAUCUCAGCUCGCUCGCGUUUGUUCAGAAACGUUUUGUGAUGCGCAUACGCGAGGACACGGCUGUAGGCAAUCGCAUACUAGCACUGCCCACCAACAAGCCUGGCAAGCACUUGAAGUACACUAUUGCGGAUCCCAUCAAUUCGCAGUUCUUCAGCGUUGGCUCGCUGGGCGAAUUGGUGCUAGCGAAGCCGCUGGACUAUGAGAAGAUGACCAAGCACGAGUUUCAGGUCAUAGCUAGUGAUGGCCUGACCAACAGCACAUCGGCCGAGGUCACACUAGAGGUGAUUGAUGUCAACGACUGGGAGCCGCGCUUCCGGGAGACACACUACGAGUUUAUGGUGCCCAAGAGCCAGUCUCUGCAGUCACGGGCGGACUCUUUCGAGGGUGUGUUGAUUGGCAAAGUGGAGGCGGCAGAUGGGGAUCGCAAUGAUAAGCUGGAGCUAUCGCUGCGAGGCCAGCAUGCGGGUCUAUUCGAAAUCGAUGCAUCGGGCAACAUCUAUAUGCGCCCGGAGCAGCUACAAAGCCUCAAUGAGUCCACGGUACAUCUGAUUGCUAUUGCUACGGACUCGGGUGUGCCGCCACGUAGCACCUCUGUUCCUGUCAGCGUCACAAUGGAAGGACUUACUCUCGCCCAAUCCGCGUGGAACAACAGCAUGCUGGGCAUGUUUGGCAUGAUUGUGGGCUUGUUUCUGCUGAUCAUCAUGGCGCUAAGCUGCUAUAUUGUGCGCUCCAAGAAGCAACGGAAGAGCAGCUCUGGCGGCCUCAGCCUCGGACGUAAUCGUGUGCACAGCCAAGCGCACAGUAGCGUUUCCUCUGCGAACCUGGUGACGCAUGAAAAACUGGCGGGCAACGGCAAUGGAGCUACUGUCACCAGUGGUGGCGUGUCCGUUCUGCAUAUGAAGCAUCCCAGCAGCAGCAUUAGCAUGGCCAAUCCAAUUAACAAUGGACUGCAUCAUGUGGGAAAUGGCGCCAGCAGCAGCAUGGUGCUCAGCAGUGCCAGCAAUUUGUUAGAGCGAGAGCGUGAGCGCGAACGGGAGCGUCAACGGGAAAGCUAUGCGGCAACGGUGCGCAGCAUCGUAUCUCGCGCCUCUGCCAACGGGCAGCUCUACGAAGAAGACGAGAUCGAGCACGACUCCCUCUCGCAGCAGGGUCAACAGCAACAGACGACGCCGGAUAACAACAACCGCAAGACGGUGGCCGCUGUGACGGGGGGCAUAACAACGAUCACAACGACGACAAACAGUGCUGUAAAUGGGAGUGCAGCUGCUUCCAAUCUGCUGACAGCGUCGGAUACGAUGGGUUCAUCCGAAAACAAUUUGACAGUCUACUUCUAGUUGAGCACAGCUGAAGACGAUUUCACCCUGUAAAUAUUGCUGGCCUUAAUAUAAAUUCACUAGGUCUUAACUCUAAGUCGCGCUUAGGUUUUAUGCCCAAUCAUUGUAAAUGUAGUAGACCAAAUAUAGCAUUGUAAACA